AUGUUCUACACACAACAUGUAGCCAAGGAGAAGCAUGCGACGUCGGCAAGGCGUCUGCUUGCGCUUAUUGCAGUGGCGACCACAAAAUAUACGUUUGCUCAAAGUUUAGCCGACUCGACGCAAAUAGUAAACUGCCUUAGCAAAGGGCACAUUCUUGCGAAAUGUCGCAGUUCAUCAUUGUGCCGCAUGUGUCGGCAACGCCAUCACACGCUGUUGCACGCAAGUUUCAACAACCAAGAGGAAUCAACCGUUACGAACGCAACAAGCCAGCACGUUAGUGUCACGUCACAUUACGCUGAUGCUGAUCGUGUCACUUUGUUGGCAACCGCCGCAGUCUUAGUACAAGAUGACGCUGGUCGUUGGCAACCAGCUCGUGCCCUCCUCGAUAACGGCUCGCACGCCUCAUUCAUAACUGAGGCCUGCGCUCAACGACUUCGACUUCCCAGACGAUCUUCAUCCGCUUACGUCACAGGUAUAGGGGCUACCCAAGGUGGCCGUACAAAGGGAGAAGUAACCCUACGCAUAUCACCGCGAUCAUUAGACGCAAACUUCCAAGUGAGUACAUUCGUGUUACCCAAAAUUACUAAUGAUCUUCCAUCCACCGCUGUACCGACACCACCGUGGCCACACAUUCUGGAUUUAUCGCUGGCUGACCCAAGUCUCGCCAAACCUGGUCCAGUUGAUAUCCUUAUAGGCAUGGACGAAAUGGACAAAAUCCUACUAAAUGGGUUAAGAAAGGGCCAACAUGGCACUCCAAUGGCGCAAAACACUGUGUUCGGUUGGGUAUUGCUCGGGAACGCGGCCAAUUUACUAAGGCAGCCCACAUCCAUAACCACCUUACACUGUGACAUGCAACUAUCCGAGCUGGUCAACAAGUUCUGGGAACUCGAAGAGUUACGCCCGAGAAAGCAUUACACUCCGGAAGAACUCACCUGUGAACAACUUUUCGAAGACACUACCAAGCGAGCUAACGAUGGUAGAUACGUCGUGCGCUUACCGUUGAAGAAAUCCGUACCGAUAGGUGAAUCUAGAAGCAUUGCAGUCCGAGCAUUACUCCGAAUGGAGAAGAGGUUUGCUGCUGACGAACAACUCUAUCGAGAAUAUUGUAAGUUCAUGGAAGAACUUCUUGACUUAGGCCAUAUGGAGCAAGCUGGUGCCGUUACAGGCGACACGUACUACAUGCCGCACCACGCCGUGGUAAAACAUUCAAGUGCCACGACCAAGCUCAGAGUAGUAUUCAACGCGUCCAUGAAGACGUCAUCCGGAAACUCGCUCAACGAUGCUCUGAUGGUAGGGCCGCAGCUACAACUAGACCUAUUCUCCAUACUAGUUCGUUUCCGCACGCAUCGCUAUGGGCUGAUCGCGGACAUCGAGAAGAUGUACCGCCAGGUUUACGUAGCAGAACAAGAUGCUGACUAUCAACGUAUAGUUUGGCGUGAGAACUCAUCACAACCCAUUCGCGAUUAUCGUCUUCUGAGAGUAACUUAUGGAGUGGCUUCGACAUCGCAUCUUGCUGUGAAAUCGUUACAUCGCGCUGCGCUGGAUGCAGGCGAUGCAUAUAAAGGGAUCUCUGAUGUCAUUACAAGGGAUUUCUACAUGGACGAUUUGUUAACGGGGUCAGGACUCCCUGCACGACUUAAUCACGCUGCAGAAAGAUGUCGCCUUCCUGAAGGAAAUGAAAUCCGAACUCUGGGUUCCGUUUGGCACACCGAUAAAGAUUUACUUUCUAUUGCUGUCAAUCUACAAGAAUUGCCUGACAAGAUCACAAAACGCGUGUUUCUAUCCGACUCAAGCAAGAUAUUCGAUCCGCUUGGAUUAGCCGCGCCCUGUACAAUUCGCGCUAAAAUUUGGUUACAAAGGCUGAAGCGUUGGCUGGGCACGGGCUCAGUGGUCGACGCGGAAUUCCAUAUCUUUACGGACGCUUCGGAAGCUGCUUAUGCGGCUGCGCUUUAUUGCCGGACGCAAAACGCAAACGGUGAGAUAGAGGUGGUAUUAGUUGCCGCCAAAACCAAGGUAGCGCCUGUGAAGGUCAUUUCGUUGCCGCGCUUAGAACUAUGCGCUGCUCAUCUAGGCGCAAGGCUGGUACGGCAAGUUCGAUCUAGCCUCGCCUGUAAGCUCGGUAAGCUGUACGCGUGGACAGACUCCACAGUUACGUUAGCGUGGUUACAAGGUACUCCAAGUCGCUGGUCCGUCUUCGUUGCAAAUCGCGUUGCGGACGUACAGGAAGUGUUGCCGGCAAAUCACUGGAGACACGUCGCGUCGGAACAUAAUCCUGCUGAUUGCGCUUCGAGGGGCAUCACGCCUUCUCAGCUGCUCGCGCAUCCUCUAUGGUGGCAUGGGCCGCAUUGGCUGCGAGCUCACAGCGAACCUUGGCUUAAUCCCUCAACACAGCUCAACACCAACCUCGAACUGAAGUCAAACAAGAUGUCGCAUCUAACGCAGACCGCUGGCGAAUGGGAUCUUUUGACCAGAUACCACUCGUUCAACAUACUCAAGCGAGUAACCGCUUACGUAAUCCGCUUCGUAAAAAACUUACGAAUUGCCGCCUCUCGCUCUAACGCAGAGAAACGAAGACUGGGUCCGUUAAUCUGCGCAGAAAUUCAAGAAGCCGAAUUAGUUUUGGUAAAGUAUGUUCAAUCUAACGCCUUCGAGCAAGAAGUUUUUAAUUGCAGUUCAAGGAAGCCGGUACCCGUUCGGAGCAGUCUUAUACGUUUACAGCCGUUUCUGGACGCUAAGGGCGUCCUACGUGUAGGAGGUCGCAUCGAAAAUUCUACACUUUCCAACGAUGCUAAGCAUCCAAUAAUACUGCAAAAGGGGUCUUCGUUGGCAAAGAUAAUCGCUGCCGAAGAUGCAUAUCACAACGCUACAUGCUGGGCUUCAAAUAAUGCAGGCUACGCUUCAACGUCGAUUCUGGGUCCCCGGUAUUCGAAGCCUCGUUCGAGCCAUAUAUCGUAA